UACUCACUCUCUGUUUGACCGGAGGAUAUAGAAGAGUAGGGCAAAGGCUCUUUUGUUAAAAAAACUUGAAGAGAUUUAUUUAUGGCGGAAGAGGCGAUACUAGGGUUCCUGCAGAACAAUGAACAGAUCACGGAUUCGGGUCAAUUUUCUGCUGAAUUCAACCUCGACCACAACGAAGUCGUCAAUGUCAUCAAAAGUCUCCAUGGUUUUCGUUACAUCGAUGUUCAGGACAUUAAAAAGGAGACAUGGGUUCUGACUGAUGAAGGGAAGAAAUAUGCAGCAGAAGGGUCACCAGAGGUACAACUUUUUUUAGCUGUGCCGGAAGAAGGCAGCAUAUCAAAAGAUGAGCUCCAGAAAAAGCUAGCUCCUUCAGUCUUCAAGAUCGGCUGUUCACAAGCUGGUAAAAACAAGUGGGUGGAAAUGGGAAAGCAAGUUUCGAGGAAGGUUAAACAUGUGGAAGAUAAAGUGAAAGGCCAGCUUUUACAAAUACAAGAAGGGAAGGAAUCUGACAAAGACAGUAUCAAUUCUCUUAAAGCCAGAAAACUAAUCGUACCACAGAUAUGGAAGGGGUAUUCCGUAAAGAAAGGUCCUAAUUAUGCUCCCGAGAGAAAGAAAGUGGCUACCGAUUUGACUCGAGAAAAUCUUCAAAACUGGAAAGAGUUAGAGUUUAAGGAGUAUAACUUUGAAGCUAAAGGAGCGCCUCUUGAGGCUGGGCAUCUUCAUGCCCUUCUCAAGGUGCGGAAGCAGUUUAAAGACAUAUUUGUUCAGAUGGGGUUUGAGGAGAUGCCAACAAACAACUUUGUGGAGAGCAGCUUCUGGAAUUUUGAUGCUUUGUUCCAGCCUCAGCAGCACCCUGCUCGUGAUUCUCAUGAUACCUUCUUUCUAAAAGUUCCUUCUACUACAAGGACACUUCCGGAAGAUUAUGUUGAGAGGGUGAAACGUGUUCAUGAGUCUGGUGGUUAUGGAUCAAGAGGGUAUAAUUAUGAUUGGAAAAGAGAAGAAGCAAACAAGAAUCUUCUUCGUACUCACACAACGGCUGUCUCAUCUAGGAUGCUUUAUGCACUAGCACAGAAACCUUUUGUGCCCAAGAAGUACUUUUCGAUUGACCGUGUCUUCAGAAACGAGGCUGUUGAUCGGACCCACCUUGCAGAGUUCCAUCAAAUUGAAGGUUUGAUAUGUGAUCGGGGCCUUACACUUGGAGACCUGAUUGGCGUAUUAAAAGACUUCUUCUCACGCUUAGGGAUGUCGAAACUGCGUUUCAAGCCAGCUUACAACCCUUACACAGAACCAAGCAUGGAGAUUUUCAGCUACCAUGAAGGUUUAGGGAAGUGGGUAGAGAUUGGAAACUCUGGAAUGUUCAGACCCGAAAUGCUUCUACCAAUGGGUCUCCCCGAGGAUGUUAGAGUCAUCGCUUGGGGUCUUUCUCUUGAAAGACCAACAAUGAUAUUAUAUGGUAUCGACAACAUCCGAGAUUUGUUUGGACACAAGGUGGAUCUCGAUCUUAUUAAACGGAAUCCGAUCUGCCGAAUUGGAAUCUGAGUGAUAUUUUGAUUCAAGAUGCUGUAGUUACUUGACUUGACCUUUCCCUCUUAAACGCGUGUACACUCGACUCAAUUGCAAUCUGGCUUGUCAUUUUUUUUAAUAUUCAUUUAGUAUUGGUUUUGAAAGAAAAA